GGUAGGCAGUGGCAGUGGCGCGUCGUGGUCUCGCGGGUCAGGCUCAGGAGAAACUGGGCCGUCUUUGUCGUCGAUCGCGGACUGUGUCGUGCCAUGCCGAGGAAACCACGAUUCCUCCGCGCUCCCCAACCCCCGCCGCCACAGCGAUGCUUCUGGCCGUCAUAGCCGUCGUCCUGCUCCUGCUGCCGCCGGCCAUGCCGUUCGAGGACUUCUUGUGCGAUGGCAGCACCUACGCGCCCAACAGCACUUUCCAGGCGAGCCUCGCCCUCGUCGCCGCGGUGCUCCCCGGCAACGCCUCCUCCAUGCCGUCCGGCUUCGCCACCGCCGAGGCCGGCGCGUCGCCCAACCGGGCCUACGCCAUGGCGCUCUGCCGCGGCGACGUCAACGCCUCCACCUGCGCCGCCUGCGUGGCCGCCGCGUUCCGUGCCGCCGGCGCCCAGGAGAGCUGCCCCAACAACACGGGCGCCACCAUGUACGAGGACGCCUGCGUCCUUCGCUUCUCCACCGUGCAGUUCCUCGACUUCCUCAGGGCCGACCAGUGGCAGCCCGGAGAGCUUACUUUUCAAAUUACCCCGGCGUCUCGGAAUGUCAAGUCGGCACAGGGAGCAUGGUUCAGCGCCGCCGCCACGUCCAUCCUCACCGCCGUGGUCGACCACGCAUUGGCCGCGGCGGGCAACUCAACGACCGCCAAGAAGUACUUCGCCACGGGCGAGGUGGACUUCCAGCCUAGGAUCUACGCGCUCGCGCAGUGCCUCCCCGAGAUGACGCCGUCGCAGUGCCGGAGCUGCCUCGGGACCCUCCUCGUGCAAACAACGCCCAUGCUCAGCACCAAGCCCCGAUGGAUCAUGUCUUUUGUGGUCUGGUGCAACCUGAGGUACAGCGUGCGGCCGUUCUACGAGGGUCGGUCGAUGCUGCAGCUCCCGGCGCCACCACCGCCGGCAGUCGUGUCUCCAUCUGUAACUCCAGAGCCUGGACCAACAGGGAAGAAAAAGAGUGCAGCAGGAAUCUCUGCGAGCAUUGGUUGUUCCGUCCUCUUGCUAUUUCUUCUUUCGGUUUUCGCUUUCGUUCGAUUCAAGAGAAGGACUACUAAGCAAUCAGAGGACGACCACCCAUUCAAGAAAAUUGUGGGUGCACAAUGCAUGAUCUUUGAGUUAGCAGCACUGCAAGAGGCAACUGAAAACUUCUCGGAAAAGAACAAGCUCGGAGAAGGUGGUUUUGGCAUUGUGUACAAGGGGAUGCUAGCAGAUGGGCAGGAAAUAGCAGUGAAGAAGCUCUUGGGAGGAACUGGGAGUGGUUUGCAUCAACUGCACAAUGAGGUGCGGCUAUUGGCAGAGCUGCAGCACAAGAACCUUGUUAGAUUACAGGGGUUUUGCUCGCAUCGGGAUGAUACGCUGCUCGUUUAUGAAUAUAUCAAGAAUGGGACCCUCGACAACUUUCUAUUUGAAACUAGUGACGAAAAUACACUGAGCUGGGAGCAACAGUACAACAUCAUUCUUGGGAUUGCCAAGGGAAUAUUGUACCUUCACGAGGAUUCAAGCAUGAGGAUCAUCCACCGGGACCUUAAACCUAACAACAUUCUCGUUGAUGACGGCAUGGAUCCGAAAAUCGCAGACUUUGGACUUGCAAGGCUGCUAGGAGAAGGUCAUACUCACACCAAGACAGCUAGAGCUGUCGGAACACUAGGUUACAUGGCACCCGAGUAUGCAAUACACGGCCGCGUGUCGCCCAAGAUCGAUAUUUUCAGCUUCGGUGUCUUGGUCCUCGAAAUCGUAACUAGGAGACGGAACAGCAGUUCUGACGAUCGCGAUGAAGUGAAUCUUAUUAGUGAUGUGUGGAACUGCUGGACGAAAGGGACGGUAUCGCAGAUGAUAGACCCAUCGCUGGACGAACACGCCCGAAGCCAGGCAUUACGAUGUAUGCACAUCGGGUUGAUGUGCAUCCAGUCGGACCCUGACGACAGGCCUUACAUAUCAUCCGUCAUUUUCAUGUUAACCAGGGACAACACGGAGAUUCAAGCACCCGCGCAACCUGCAUUCUUCUUUGGGAGAGAAGCGGCUUUAGCUUCUCCGGCAUAUGACCGAUCUGAUUUCAUCCUGGGACAGGAUGUCUCUGUGAAUGCGGUUACAAUUACUGAGCCGUAUCCUAGGUAGGUAAUGUACCGGUGUGAUGUUGAGGCCAAAGAGGUGAGUUGGCUGUGGUUUCAGCGAGGAUUUUCAGAGAUCUGGCCUUGGUUGUAGAAUCCCUUUUGUUUAGGGUUGCUUCCAUGUCUAUGGGUCCAGUUACCCCAUUAUCUGGUUAUAUUUGAUUUUAUUUUGAUCGAAUAUGUAAAAACUUUAUUUUAUAAAGUAAA